CCCGACCCGACCCGACCGAGCUCGCUCUUGAUCUCGCUGACAGGCCAUGGCGGCACUCGUUCCUCCCGACUGCUCCCCUCCCCCUCUAGUACCCCUGCUCCACUGACCGCGCCGCGGCCCUUCUCUGCCGACCGUGCCGCGCCCCUGUCCCGGCUCGCCCCCGCGACCUCGUAGUCGACCGCCGGCGCAUCCAUCUCCGCCGACCGCGCCACGCCGCUGCUCCUCCGACCGCGCCGCGCCCCUGUCCCCUCGACGUCGACUUCAACCGCGGCGGCACGCGUGCCCCUACUCCGCUGGCCGAGUAAGGACCGGCGGCGCGCGUCGAGAGCCUUUCUUCUGGCAGUUGUCUUUCUGACUCACAAGUUCGCCUGCUUGAUUGCUGGUUGCAUUGAAGUUGGGGUUAUCAAUCCCUAUCCUGCAAACGAUGCAUUGCUGUACCCUCUGCUCUGGAACUGAAGGAGACAUGCAAGGGGCAUAUAUCAUAUAUGUGUCUUUCUUGGAACGUGGAGGUCAGACUUUAGAAGGCACUUGCCUGCACUAUUAAAAUCCUUGUGCGAUGAACAAGAAACCGAAAACAUCUUCUGGGGAGCGAGUUCACUUGAGUUCCUCUAUGGACAUGUCUUCUGUGUCACAGCUAGAACAAUCGAAACCCUUAAUGGAGGCAGAUGUUCAGUUCGAUUCUUGGGCAGAAAAAGCAAUACGCAAUUUCAUCUUUGAAGUUGGACUUGGGCCUCGUUUUGUCUACUUGACAUCUUUCAAGGAGAUGCUUCAAACUGUUCACAAUAGGGAUGUUGAAAUUCCUACAUAUGAAUCCAUGCUACGGGAGGAACUAAAAGAAACUCAGCACCGGGCAAUGCAACUCAAGCAAGAAUGGAAAAAAAGUGGUUGCAGUAUAAUUAUGGAUAGUUGGAAGAGCCAAUGUGGUACAAAAAGCUUCAUAAGUGUUUUGGUGCAUUGCAGCAAAGGUAUGUAUUUCCUCAGAUCAAUCGAUGUCUCUGGAAUCCUCGAGGACAUGGAUGAGCUAGUUUCAGUGUUUUCUCGUGUGGUUGAUGAUGUUGGUGCCCGCAACAUAGUUCAAGUUAUCAGAAAUGAUGUGUCACCACAUAUGCGAAUGGCAUGGCAUUAUGUGCAAAAGGAACAUGACCAUUCAUUCUUCGUCCCACUGUGUGCUGACUUUUGCAUCAACCUUCUGCUUGAGAAAAUUGCAGCAUUUGAUCACGUCAGUGAGGUUCUAAGGAAGGCAAAGGAAAUAACAAGGUUUAUAUAUGGCAAUGUGCUGGCAUAUGAACUGGUAGGGCGGUAUAUUGAUGACGGUGAGAUCCUGAGCAAUUCUUGUUUCAAAUCUGUUGCAGAGUUCAUCACAUUAGAUAGGUUAGUUUCUAUGAGAGAAAAUCUAGUUGAGAUGUUUAGCUCACCUGAAUGGGUUUCCUCUGAUCGGUCUACUAGAAUGUUUAACCCACUUGAUUGGAUUUCCUCUGGUUUCUCUACUACUACAAGUUUGUUCAGGCAUAUCUGUGGCAUAGUAAAGACAGAUGAUGCAUUUUGGUGUGCUGCUGCUGAUGUUUUGAAGAUUACAAAACCAUUUAUCAAUGUGUUGCUUAAACUAGAAUCUGAGGACUGUCCAAUGGGUAUCUUGUAUGACACCAUGGCAAGUGCAAAAGACAUAAUGCACAAUCUUGGAGGUAAAUAUGGUGAUAUUUUGCAUUGGGUUGACGAGAUAUGGUAUGGUUACUUGCAUACCCCACUCCAUGCUGCUGGUCAUAUGCUAAACCCAAGGGUCUUUUACAAAGAUCCUUCCUGUGAUGAUCCUGAGCUCAGCGGUCGUAUUGAGGCCUGCACAACCGCAAUUGCAAAAGGCCAUUAUGAUCCAGGGAGACUGAAAGCGCAAAUUGAAGUAUAUAAAGGAAGAUCAGGUUCUUUUGGUUCAGAUUCAGCAAUUCAGCAAAUAGUGGGGACACCACAAGUUGUUUGGUGGUCAGCGCAUGGGACAGGCAUGCCUGAGCUGCAGAGCUUUGCCACUCGGGUCUUAUGCCAAACAUGCUUUGGCGCUAAAAGAUACAACAUCAGCAGGCAGGUAUCAGAGGAGGCGCAUGAGACGAGGGGAGCUGAUCUCGAAGAGCUGUACCGUGGGCUGGAGUACGUCCACUACAACAGGCGUUUCGCCAGCGCUGCACCACUCAUAGGCGGUCUUUCGGGGGAUCAGUGUGGUAAACCUGGCAGGAAGCUGGGGAGCGACUGGUUCCUGUAUCCGCGGCACCGACAGCAUAUCGUAAUCGGAUCAUCGAACACAUAGACAUAGCAAUUUUAUUCCUUCAACUUUCAUCAGUGCCGUGUGGGCACAGAUGUUGUGACAGAAUGCUUUUUUUUUUCCUUUACAUUCAGCCAUCAGAGCCGUGGCAGCAGAGAAACAUAUGGACCAAAUGUUGCAACAAAUAUAUACCUUAUCGGCAUCCCCAAAAUUAGUGUCACCGACAUGUUUCCUUGACUCUUGA